AUGGCUCAUCGUCGAUGUGUCUCUUCAACCUCAUCAGAAUUAGACUUGUCUUCAUCAUCGUCGCUUAGAACUUCCCCAACUCCUCCAUUAGAGAUAUCCUGUUCGAGUACCGAGCCCUUGAAAGGGAUAAAACGUAAGCGUAAGUUGUCAGGCAGCGAUGAUGACAAGAGUUCAAAACGUCUACGAUCGCAAAAAGAAGAUAAUGAGGAGCCGAACGACCCAGACCACACCCAGGACCUGGCAGAGACGCACCUCAGUGGAGUGCAACCAAUCAUCACUGCCAUUCGCGCGACUGAUCUCGCUCUUGGCCUCCGACGGAUCCCCGCUGGCUUCCAUGCAGUGAUCAAGGCCGACGACCUUGAAUACCAGACAAGCAAUAUAUCUGUAAACGUAGACCAGGCUGUCGUCGAAUGGCACGAGCGCAUUCCUCUGCCGCGCGAGCCAUGUUCCAAAGUCCGGGUCAGCCUGUAUGCCUCAUUCGAAUUGGGUCCCAUGCUCUGUCACGGAGAACUCCUCCGCACGUUCGAGAUCUCGGUCGGAGAAUUAAUGGAUCGCAGCGAAAAAUUGCAUCCCAUAAUAUUUCAGCCAAAGCAGCAAGAAGUCGUAUCCGCUUGUACUUCACUUUUCUUGACAGUGGAGCAGCAACUUUCUGAUCAAAACGACGCCGCAGUUCUUUGCCCCCCUACUACUCCUGCAUCCCGCGAUUUAGAUGCAUUAGCGCUGAGGACGGAUGCCGGACAUCGUCUUCUCGCACAAUACCGUAGAGCCCAGGAUAGCAGGGAUCUCGAGCAAUCCAUAAACCACUUCGAACACGCCUCAGAUAUCUGCCCCGUGGACCAUCCCUGCCGCCCUGCAGCGCUGUUCAAUCUCGCCAGCGCAAAGCUUGUGAGUUGCCAAGCUGAGGGAAGAUACCUCGACCUCGACGUCCCUGUCUCCCUGUUCGAAGGCGCCCUCGAAUUGCGUCCCACCGGUCAUCCUGACCGAACGGUCACGCAGCUGCAUCUUGCGGUCGCUCUGCUCUCGCGCUUCGCGAAACGGGGAUUUCAAACGGACGCUGAUGCAGCCAAAGAGUUCCUGGGCGAAGUGGUCAAUGUCUGCCACGCCAACAGCCACAUUCACAGAGCGGCUGCGAUUGCGAUGGAAACAUGCGCUCUACAUUCUGCUAGAGGCAUUAAUGCAAAUGAUGUUGGGCAGGAACGGCCCGCCCCAUCCAGGCUUCCGUUAUCGCCGAAUCAACUUUUUGAUCAAGCACGGCGGUGUCUGGAGAGAGAUGAACCUAGUGCCUUAGAUGAAGUAAUAUCCCUUCAUUAUGAUGCACUGGGAUACUACAACGCCGGGCAUGUUUGCCGAGGGCAAUUGUUAGGCAAUCUAGCUGUAAUGCUGCAGACUCGCUUCGAGCGUCGAGGCAACGACAAAGACUUAGAUCAAGGUAUCGCACUUCAGACGGAGAUGCUGGCUUUGUGCCCGGUCGGUCACACAGAUCGGUCUGCGUCAUUAAACAACCUCGCGAAUAAACUCUCUUCCCGCUUUCACCACCGAGGCAACGACGAAGACUUGGAUCAGGCUAUUGCACUGAACAGGGAAGCCCUGGCUUUGCGCCCGGUCGGUCACACAGAUCGGUCCAUGUCAUUAAGCAACCUCGCUCUUCAACUCUCCUCCCGCUUCCACCACCGAGGCAACGGCGAAGACUUGGAUGAGGCUAUCGCACUGAACAGGGAAGCCCUGGCUUUGCGCCCGGUCGGUCACACAGAUCGGUCUGCGUCAUUAAACAACCUCGCGAAUCGACUCUCCUCCCGCUUUCACCACCGAGGCAACGGCGAAGACUUGGAUCAGGCUAUCGCACUUCACAGGGAAGCCCUGGCUUUGUGCCCGGUCGGUCACACACGGUCCAAGUCAUUAAACAACCUCGCGAAUCAACUCUCCUCCCGCUUUGACACCGAGCAACGGCGAAGACUUGGAUCAGGCUAUCGCACUGAACAGGGAAGCCCUGGCUUUGUGCCCGUCGGUCACGCAGAUCGGUCCAUUUCAUUAAACAACCUCGCUCUUCAACUCUCCUCCCGUUUUGACCACCGAGGCAACGGCGAAGACUUGGAUCAGGCUAUCGCACUGAAUAGGGAAGCCCUGGCUUUGCGCCCGGUCGGUCACGCAGAUCGGUCCAUGUCAUUAAACAACCUCGCGACUCGGCUCUCCUACCGCUUUGACCACCGAGGCAACGGCGAAGACUUGGAUCAGGCAAUCGCAUUUCAGAGGCAAGCCCUGGCUUUGUGCCCGGUCGGUCACACAGAUCGGUCUGCGUCAUUAAACAACCUCGCGAAUCUACUCUCCUCCCGCUUUGACCACCGAGGCAACGACGAAGACUUGGAUCAGGCAAUCGCACUAAACAGGGAAGCCCUGGCUUUGCUCCCGGUCGGUCACGCAGAUCGGUCCAAGUCAUUAAGCAACCUCGCGAAUCGACUCUCCUCCCGCUUUGAUCACCGAGCCAACGGCGAAGACUUGGAUGAGGCUAUCGCACUGAACAGGGAAGCCCUGGCUUUGCGCCCGGUCGGUCACACAGAUCGGUCUGCGUCAUUAAACAACCUCGCGAAUCUACUCUCCUCCCGCUUCCACCACCGAGGCAACGGCGAAGACUUGGAUCAGGCUAUCGCACUUCACAGGGAAGCCCUGGCUUUGUGCCCGGUCGGUCACACACACCGGUCCAAGUCAUUAAACAACCUCGCGAAUCAACUCUCUUACCGCUUUGAUCACCGAGCCAACGGCGAAGACUUGGAUCAAGCUAUCGCACUUCAGAGGGAGGCGUUGGCUUUGCGCCCGGUCGGUCACACAGAUCGGUCCAUGUCAUUAUACAGCCUCGCGAAUCUACUCCCCUCCCGCUUUGACCUCCGACACGACAGAAAAGACCUAGACGAGUCACGAGAGAACCUACUCUGUGCAUUGACGUUGUUGACGCAGCAUGAUCCUCGUCGAUCGAUGGUCCAUCAAUCUAUAGCUAACGUCUAUCUAUCAUUUCAUCGUUCAGAGCUUGACGGCACCGGCGCUGGCUCAAAUACAGAUAGUCUGAAUGCUGCCAUGCAUCAUUUUAAGGCAGCAACAAAUAUUGUCCCUGCAAGCUUGCUCUCCCGCCUGCGGGCAAGUCUAAGUUGGGUGCACCAUGCUCGUCAACAUUCACAUGGUACUCAACUAGAGGCUUACAUGACUUCUAUGCAACUUCUGGAUGCUUACAUGUCUGUGACGGCUUCCAUAUCAUCUCGCCAUAAUGCCAUGAAGGGAUUCCCAAGUACACUCGCCGUGGAUGCUGCAUCGUGCGCUCUUCGUAGUGGCGACGUGGGUCGCGCUGUUGAGUUGUUGGAGCAAGGCAGGACCAUCAUCUGGACCCAGAUGACUCGACUCCGCAUGCCUCUUGAUGGGCUCCAGACUCGCGGCGAUCAUGCAGCGACUUUGAUGAAGACAUUCACAGACCUUAGCUCCCUCCUUGAUAAACCUCAUCCAAGCCAUCCAGAAGGGACCCCAACAGUCGAUGUGGAAGCAGAGGCCACCCGGUACAGACGUAUAGUGAAGGACUGGAAUGGAACUGUGGAAGAGAUCAGGAAGAUCGAGGGCUUCUCUCGCUUCCUGCUUCCCCCUUUGUUCUCCGAUCUUCAAGAUGCAGCUCGUGAUGGGCCCAUCAUCAUGCUCAUCGCAAGCGAAUCGUCUUGCGAUGCCAUUAUCAUCCCGCACAAGCAACCUCCCACCAGCAUUCAGCUCCCUACCGAUAUUCAGAAACUCGUCAAAUUGGUAAACACAUUCCGAGAGUCAGUUGAGAAAGAGACCGGGCACGCGCUGAUGGAAGCUUUGAACGACUUGUGGAACAAUGUUGUCGGCCCAGUGGUCGAGAAAUUGGGCAAAUUAGUACGACUAGGUUCCCGAAUAUGGUGGUGCCCGACAUUCCUCUUCAAUUUCUUGCCGUUGCAUGCUGCUCGCGAGUACAGAACUGGGGGAAUGUCUCUUUCGCAGCUGUAUAUCUCUUCAUACACCCCAUCUCUCACCGCGCUGAUCAAGGCUCGCGCAAGUCGUGACAGACCCACGUCGGUGCCAUUCGUCGCCAUUGGUCAGAAUCGCCCAGCCGGCGUCUCCUUCACUUUGGAUGCUGUGGAGCCUGAGUUGGAAUUGGUGCGGAAACUUUUGCCUCCUCCCCCAACUGUCUCCUUCUCCAAGAUAACCAGCGUUGAUGCUACGAAAUCGAGAGCACUGUGCGCAUUGCGCGAAAAUACUUGGUUCCAUCUCGCAUGUCAUGGGACGCAGAGAUUUGACGAACCUUUCAAGUCGGCCUUUCUUAUGCGCGACCAGCCUCUUUCGCUCCUUGAUAUUGCACAAAUGGAUCUGUCUCAGCAUAAUUUUGCCUUUCUUUCUGCCUGUGAAACCGCCGUCGGCGACUUCAGUACGCCCGACGAAGUGAUACACCUAGCGGCUGGCUUGCAAUUUGCUGGGGUGAGGAGUGUCGUCGGGACGCUAUGGAAAGUCAAUGAUGAUACUGUGCAGCGCUUAGUCAAGGCAUUCUACGAAAAGUUUUGCGAGGGUGGCCCAAUGAAUCCCAGACGAGCUGCCCGAGCGUUGCACCGAGCGGUCCAGUCGUUGGCUAGUGACGUAGACAUACCCUUGGCCCAGCGAAUAGUGUUCGUGCAUAUUGGCAUAUGA